AUGUAUUCAUAUUCAUACUCAUUCCCCACGCUCUCACAAAUCUCUUAUGCUCAGGCUGUAUCUCCGGUCCUGUUACAGUUAGUUCAUACAUUACCGCGCUUGCACAAACUGUAUAUACACCCCUUGGCAUCAGCCUGGCAUUUUUAUUUUGUACUGCUGUACGGAUAA